AUGACCGUUUUAGAAACAUCUUUGCCGGAGCCCUUCAAAAAGGUAGCUUCCGGAAAGGUAAGGGACCUUUACGACUGUGAGGAAUUUCCUUCUUGUCUGCUAUUUGUUGCAACAGACCGGAUCAGCGCAUACGAUGUGAUUAUGAAUAAUGGAAUACCAGAAAAGGGUAAAAUCCUUACAAAAAUCUCAGAGUUUUGGUUUUCGCUCUUGAAAGAGAAAGUCCAAACCCAUAUUGUUACAUCGGAAUGGAACGAAAUGCCUCAGGUCAUUCAACAGCAUCCAGAAUUAAAGGAUCGGUGCAUGCUUGUUAAAAAAUUUAAAAUUCUUCCCAUUGAAGCCAUUGUUCGUGGCUACUUAACCGGAAGUGCGUGGAAGGAAUAUCAGACUCAUGGUACCGUUCAUGGAAUACAAGUCCCAGCUAAUAUGCAAGAAGGCGAGGCUUUUCCUGAACCUCUUUUCACCCCAAGUACAAAAGCUGCUGAGGGGCACGAUGAGAACAUUCAUCCUGAUAUUAUGGGUAACAUUAUUGGCGAGGACUUGGCUAAACAAGUUGCUCAAACUGCAGUUGAGCUUUACAAAGUUGCCAGAAACGUUGCAUUACAAAAGGGAAUUAUUAUUGCUGAUACUAAAUUUGAAUUUGGUGUCGAUGAGGCAACAAACAAGGUUGUUCUUGUGGAUGAAGUGCUGACUCCAGACUCUUCUCGAUUUUGGCUCGCUGCUGACUACAAGAUAGGAUCAUCUCCGGACAGCUUUGAUAAGCAGUUUUUAAGAAAUUGGCUUACCUCUAAUAAACUCAAUGGUAAACCUGGAGUGUCCCUUCCUGAGCAUAUCAUUCAAGCUACUGGUAAAAAGUAUAUGGAUGCCUAUGAAAUGAUUACCGGAAAGAAUUGGUCCUAUUAG